AUGCCUGUGCCAGAUCCACGGGCGGGGCAGGCAUUCAUCUGUCUCAUUACCUUUUUUCUUUUCCUAACAAUCGCUGUUGGAGGUGGUUGCUUAAUCGCAUACACAAUCCUUCCUUACCCUCCAAUAUGGCUCUCAUACCUCGGCAUCUUCUUUGUUUGUCUCCCUUGGUUCUUCUGGAUCCUAACCUUUGCAUACCGCAUCCUUUCACGCACUUUUGGAUUUAGGAUGGUUGUUGGAUCCGGUGGUGGUAAUAAUAACAACAACAACGGGAAUGGAGAGUCCAUGCCACAAGAUGUUGACCCUCCUGACGAAAGUUUAGAGCCUCCUGGUGAUGAUCCAGAGGCAAUACCUCCCCCACAAGGCCAAGUUCUAGUGUCGGUUGAAGGGAAUCAAUCCAAGAAACGAAUGUCAACUUCCAGCAGUUCUACUGUCAAUUCGCAUGAAAGUGAGAUGCCACUAGCCAUUUCUAUGGGCUCAUGA